AUCGAGCACACUGCGGGAGGCAGGCAUGGAGACAAGGAUGGCUCUAGCGUGAUCCGGAAUCGGCGAAACACCUCGGCAUCCUUCCCUUUGCAUCUCAAACUUUUGACCAGUACAACGAAGGAGAGAUCCAAUUGAAAGCCACGCCCACACAUACACACACGGCCAAGAUGAUAUGUCGAACCUGUCUCCGGGCCGCCUCGCGCGCACAAACAACCCCAUUCCCACGCCCACAACAAGCCUCACGCUUCCUCACCACCACAACGCCCCUCCGCAACGCAACACCAAUCUCCGCAAGCACCGCAACGCAAUCCGCAGGUCGCCAAGGCGACUCGACAUCCUCGCACACACCGCCAACCGCAACUUCUACAUCCGCCGCACAGCCUUUUAGCGAGCCGUUAACGCCAGCUGCGAGUCCGGAUCUCAAGGCUACGGCUGCGGAGGCUGCAAAGAAGAAGGCUGCGCCGCUGGUAAAGAGCAGUAUACCGGCUGGACAACCACUCAAGGGAUUGAAUUUCUUGAAAGAUAGACAGGACCCUGUUGCGUUGGCUGAUGACGAAUACCCGAGUUGGCUGUGGACGAUAUUGGACCGACAGGAGAAGAAGGCCGAGGCUGGAGCGGGAGAUUUGUUCUCGAAAUCAAAGAAACAACGUCGUUUAGCUGCGAAGCGCCUCCGUAAGGAACAAGCCAUGAACCCAGAGAUGAUGGUACCAAAAGUGCCGUUGUACGAGCAAACUAUUGAUUUACCGGCUGGAGACGGUAGUCUGGAGGGGUCGAUCAAGGCGCAGGAUGCGCGAGAGGAGUUGACAAAGGCGAUGAGGAAUAAGAGGAGAGCUACCAUCAAGGAGGCUAACUUCCUGAAGGCCAUGGGAUAGACGUUGAAUUGGAAACAGCUUUGGUAGUAGAAGAGCGCGAAGAUAUGCUGUGUGUGUAUGUGGACACUGGGCAGCACGUCUGUAAAGACUUGUACAAUCACCUGUGGGAUUAGACAUGUUCACUACGAAAGUGAACCACGGCCGGUCGGCACGA